GAGGAGGAGGAGGAGGAGGAGGAGGGUCUCUCUCUGUGGUCUCCUCAAAUCCAGCCAUAAACCACAGAGAACAAACGCAGAUCUUCCACUAUCUCCUCUUUUAAGGGCGGCGCUCCAACACACAGGCAGGACACAUCAGACUGCAUGACAGCCUCUGAAGAAGAGGGAAGCAGUGGAAGAUCUGGAACAUCUAACCACUGGGAUAAUGGAGUUUUCCUCAUAUCUGCUUAUGCUCCUGGUGGCUCUCAGUGUUUCAGCUGUUCAGGAAGGCUUGAAAGAACCACAUGAGGUUUUAUCACCAGAUGCAGAAGAUAAAAUAUUAGGUGGUUGUUUGCCUCAAGGGAAGAACCCCUCGCUGGAAUUUCCAUUAACAUUUGGAUGCUCUGGUAAAGAGAGACACUCCUUGUACCACAACAACAGCAGUCACUCCAACAACUGGAUCGUGAAGGCUACUGUCCAGUUUGAUGGUGUGGAGGUCUACUGCUUCAUCCAAAAAACAACUGGUGCCUGGAAGUACUCUCCCUGGGGAAUAGGAAUGAUGGAUGUGGAUUACACAUUUCGUAAUUAUUAUAAAAAGCUCUACCACCAUCUAAAAGAGACGGACAGUGACUUGACACAGAGAUAUGGCUGUGAGGUCAAGAGAUCCUCUAGUGGAGCUGUGACCUUACUGAGUUCUACAGCUGAAUUCAGACUCAAUGGAAAGAUCGUCCUCCGCUUUAAUGCUGACAGAGAUCAGUGGGAAGCGCUGGACAAAAGGUUCCUAGCAGUUAAAACAGAAUGGGACAGUUUAACCCACUUCAAUCAGAUCAUCAAGCACUAUCUGCUGCAAGGCUGUACAGACAGACUGCGGUGUUACCUGAAAUAUUCCGAUAAGCACAUCAGACACAGAACUUCUGGUGUGGAUCCUAGUGAUAAACCGCUGCUUUACACUGAAUGUCCUGAUGAGGACAUCAGAAACAGAACUUCUGGUGUGGAUCCUAGUGAUAAAUCGCUGCUUUACACUGAAUGUCCCGAUGAGGACAUCAGAAACAGAACUUCUGGUGUGGAUCCUAGUGAUAAACAUAGGCAGAAGAUGGAUGAGGAACAAAAAAAGAGAAUUGGGGUUUUCUCAGUUCUCUCAUGCAUACUAAUUGCUGGUAUUGCUGUUGCUUCUGUACUUGUGAAAAAAAUAAGAAAAUGCAACAUUGUGAGACCUCCAGCUGGAGAUGCCUACAGAGGAUAUUCAGAUGUGAUGAAUGAUCACCAGGAUGGAGGAGAUGCAGUUCAGACUCUGCUACGUUUUAUUCCUCUGUUCACUUUACAUCACGUACCUGACCACCACAGCGGUCACUGCAAAAUGAGAAGACCUUAACUUAAAGAAGUUAAAAAAAAACAACAACAUCUAAAGUCGCAUGCAAAAGUUUGAACACUUCAUGGUCAAAUACCAUGUCGUUUUCUAAAUAUAAAUUAGCACUUAAAUAUGACUUUUUUUUGCAAUUUUUUAGUUUAUCAUAUUGGGGGAAAAGUAGAGCAUAAAAUUUUUGUUCUUUUCUUUUGUCGCUUUAUAAGGCACAGAGGUGCUUAAAAAUGCUUUUAAAAAAGGGAGGGGGGUAUAAAGAGAGGUUUUUGUUCACAUCUU